CGGGUCAGAGAAGCGCCGGUGGGACAGCCCGGGAUGGAAAGCGCGAGGUUCGACUCGGGAUGCCAAGGGGAGGGUUCGACGCGUAGGACGGUCUCUUUUGCUUGCUGCUGAGCUCCACCGCCGCUACUGCUGUGCGCCGCCGUCUCUCACAAGAGAAACUCUUGCACAUCAUCCCCCCCCAAAUCAAUCGGUGAGAGAGCUUUUCUUUCUCUGGAAACCUCUGCUCGGUCUCUCUUCUUCGUCUUUCAAUCUAUUCCAUCGUCCUUUCUAGUCUAUGAGCCGGCUGCCAAGCCGGUUGUGGUAGAAGAUAAUCGUGUGAUUUCGCGCCAGCUUUCGUUCUCUACAUAUCUGACAGCAUGGCAGGUUUGGCUCCAGAAGGAUCUCAGUUUGACGCCCGACAGUAUGACCAGAAGAUGGACCAAGUUCUUAACCAGGAAGGAGAAGACUUUAUCUCCACCUGGGAUGAGGUUCACGAGACCUUCGAUGCUAUGGGUCUCCACGAGAACUUGUUAAGGGGCAUCUACGCCUACGGUUUCGAGAAGCCGUCUACCAUUCAACAACGUGGUAUCGUCCCCUUCUGCAAGGGUUUGGACGUCAUUCAGCAGGCACAAUCUGGAACGGGAAAGACCGCUACUUUCUGUUCAGGUAUCUUGCAGCAGCUCGAUUAUAAUCUGGUUGAGUGCCAGGCUCUAGUUCUGGCUCCUACUCGUGAGUUGGCUCAGCAGAUUGAGAAGGUUAUGAGGGCACUUGGAGACUACCUUCAAGUGAAGGUGCACGCCUGUGUCGGUGGAACCAGUGUGCGUGAGGAUCAGCGAAUCCUCCAAGCCGGAGUACAUGUUGUUGUUGGUACUCCUGGUCGUGUGUACGAUAUGUUAAGGCGCCAUGCCCUGAGACCCGAGUCAAUCAAGUGCUUUGUCCUCGAUGAGGCUGAUGAAAUGUUAUCCCGAGGAUUCAAGGACCAGAUUUACGAUAUCUUCCAGCUUCUGCCACAGAAGCUUCAGGUUGGAGUUUUCUCAGCAACAAUGCCCCCAGAGGCACUCGAGAUCACCAGGAAGUUCAUGAACAAGCCAGUUAAGAUUCUUGUAAAGAGAGAUGAACUUACCCUGGAGGGUAUUAAGCAGUUCUAUGUAAAUGUUGACAGGGAAGAAUGGAAGCUUGAUACCUUAUGCGAUCUCUACGAGACGCUGGCCAUCACCCAGAGUGUCAUCUUCAUCAACACCAGGAGGAAGGUCGACUGGUUGACCGAUAAGAUGCGCGCACGAGACCAUACCGUCUCCGCCACCCACGGUGACAUGGACCAGAACACCCGUGAUAUCAUCAUGAGGGAGUUCCGUUCUGGAUCAUCGCGUGUUUUGAUCACCACCGAUCUGUUGGCUCGUGGUAUCGACGUUCAACAAGUAUCCCUUGUUAUUAACUACGACUUACCCACCCAGCCCGAGAACUACCUCCACCGUAUUGGACGAAGUGGUCGAUUCGGAAGGAAGGGAGUUGCCAUCAAUUUUGUCACCAAGGAAGAUGAGAGGAUGCUGCAGGACAUCCAGCGCUUCUACAACACCGUCAUCGAAGAGCUUCCAUCCAACGUCGCUGAUCUUCUCUAAGUUGUGAUUGUUGAUGAAGGGCUGACAACACCGAGUAUCUUGAGCUAACAUGAGUCAACAGCUGGUGCCCGAGGAUUGCUGUUGCAAGUAUGAUCGGCUCAUCUUUUGUAACACAAGUGUCGAGGGAGGGUGACCUUUGUAUCACAAGUGUCAAGGGAGGGUGAUUAUUAGCCAAUUUGGGAUGUACUCAUGCCUGAGUAAUCAAAUGAGGUAGAGGGGCUGGCAUGGAUAAUAUCAAGCGAUGGCGGGGUUUUGCACGGAGUGGUGUGAUUUUCCAGGUCUGGUCAAGCACUCCAUUCGAUGUAUUGCUACAUUCAGUAAGGAAGAGGCUGUACAUCUUAGCUAUUGAGCUUAAUUGACUCGCCUUUUGCGAGGCUAGUCAGUGAGGCGUUCUUUUAGGAAUGUGCUUUUUCUUUAGGACCGUGAUCGAACAACAACAUUGCAUUUAAAAGUGCACUCUUGAAAUUUACAGGUUUCUUUGAGCUGUGUGUGUUGAGGGAAAUGCGAUGAGUUGAAUAAUUAAGUUAUUUUUGUUAAUGAGGUGUAGGCAAAAAGAUUUUCGGUACAAACACCCUCAAAUCCUACGUUUACGAUUGUUUAAUAUUUUGAUGAGAAUAUAGACAGGACUUUACUUAAAAAUCUACAAGACGGUGUCAUGUCUCAAAAUUAUCGUGACUGUUGAGUGUAAACUUUGAAGAUGAAUUUGAGUUUGGUUAUAUCUCUCAAAUGAAGUGUAAUACCAUUUUAGUGUUUCUGUAAUUGCGAAGCGCUGUUUCCCGAUAUUUAGAAGCUCGCGC